AAUGAAGUAAUCACUAAAAAUUAAAUAGUAGAUAAUAUCGUAAUGAACAUAGGCUAGGCAAAUUUGUUCAAAUAAAUAUUAAUAUUAUAUUUGUAUAUUACCAUCAAAUAGAUGUUUUGAAUCGUUCUUUGCACUAGUCAUUCCUAAUACAUUGAAUUAAUUUUGAAAGCAGAAAAUAUAUAAACAUGAUUCAGUUAAUAUUUUAAUUGACGAUAAAUAGUUGGAAAUAUUGAAUUUUGUAAGUGAUUAAAAAUCUGAUUAAUAAUUAUUAUAAAAACGAUAAAAGGAUUUUUAAAUGGUAAAUUAUAAAUAUUUAUAUUCAAAUGAUACAAAUAAAAAUUAAUAAAGUGACGUACGAUGCAUGCGUUGAUUAUCAUAUUUAAUACAAUAAAAUUAUGAUAAAAUAAAGAUUGCGAAAAGUCGAUUGAUCGGACAUCUAGUAGCUGUAUAUAAAAUUAUUGUGAUGGUAGACAUAUUAGAAGAGAUUCUUGAUAAAUUGAGCAUCAACGGUAUCUACGUUAAAUAUAACACAUUUCUUUUGUAGUGUUUUUCGACCUUUAUCGCAUAACAUAAAAAGUAUUUCAAAAAUACAAUUUAUCAAUGAAACUAUAUUCAGUUUUUCUACGCUGCUCACAGCGUUACUUUUCGACUGAAUCACAACGAAAUAUAAACGCCAUCAAGUUCGAACAUCUGAGGCCGGAAGUGGUACUUAGUAAAGAAAAUCGGAAAUCCUUUAUUGAGAAAUUCAAGAGUGGUAUAAUUCCGGAGAGAUAUGAUUCCAAACGCAUAGAUAGCAAUACAACUCAAGCUGCUGUUUUAAUACCAUUAUGUACGAAUAAAGGAGAGCUAGGUUUCAUAUAUACUUUAAGAUCUACAAAAGUAACUGCGAAUCGUGGACAAGUCUCAUUUCCUGGUGGUAUGUAUGACAAGAAAGAUUCUAACCUGGAAGAAACUGCAUUACGUGAAACAUGGGAAGAACUUAAAAUUCCAAAAAAGAAAAUCGAUAUUUGGACUUCCGGUAAUAUAUUCGAUAAACAGAAUGUCAAGGUUUUGCCUGUUUUCAGUUAUGUUGGCGAAAUUGAUCCUGAAAAACUUCAAAUUAAUACAGAUGAAGUAGAAGAAGCUUUUUUUUUCAGUUUGAGAAAUCUUUGCGAUCUUUCAUUGUGUCGGUUUACUCAUUUCCGUGACAGUUACACUUUACCUGUUUAUUUGGGUGGGAAAUAUCGCGUUUGGGGUUUUACUGCAGCAUUAACACAUAUGGUUUUAAGUGCUCUUGUACCUGAUAUUUAUAAACUUGAAUUCAUUUCGUUACCAAAAAUUUUACCACAAAAAAAAGGAUAAAAA